AUGUCCCACUUCAGGGACGUACCCGGUGAUCACACCGAUGGAUCUCUUCCCGCCCUCAAAUCUUCCUCAGCCGUCGCUUGUAGUUCUUUUUCCACAUGUCAAAUCUCUUUUCUUUUUGUUAUUUUUUUCACUGUCACCCGAUGGAAUCCCCGUUUUGUCAUCCAUUUGGAUCCUUUCACACCGUCACCCACUGGAUCAAAUUUCACGUUAGGCGCUGGGAUUUUUCACACUGUCACCCACUGGAUCUCUUUCUUUUUUUCACACCGUCCCCACGGAUCCCACACCGUCAAUCUGUUUCCACCGUCUCCCCGGAUCACACCGUCCCCGGGAUUUUUUUUUCAUUUUUUUCACACCUGUCACCCGAUGGAUCUCUUUCACACUCUCCCCGCGGAUCUUUUUUCACACCGUCACCAGCGGAUCUUUUUUCACACUGUCACCCGCUGGAUCUCUUUCACACCGUCACCCGCCUUUUUCACUUGGAUCACACCGUCACCCGCGGGUCUUCCACACCGUCACCCACUCUCUCUUUCAUCUCUUUUUCACACUCAUGGGAUCUUUUCCACACUGUCACCCGCUGGAUUUUGCUCUUUCACACCGUCACCCGCGGGAUCUUUUCAUGUUCAAAUCUUUUUCACACUGUCACCUGCGGGAUCUUUUUCACACUGUCAGCCUACACCGUAUCUCUUUCACACUCAGCCGCGGAUCAUAUCUUACACCGUCACCCGCUGGAUAUGUCUUUUUUUUCACCUGUCACCCGCGGGAUUUUCCACACUUUCCGCGGGAUCUUUUUCACACUGUCACCAGCGGGAUCUUUUUUUUCACUGUCACCCACUGGAUCUUAUUCACACUGUCACCCACUGUUGUCACCGGCAGGAUUUUGUUUAG